CAAGAUGACUCAAUUCCGUUCCAAGAAGCCCGUUUGGCUGUUUUUGAAGUUGAUAGAGUUCUUCCUGAGCGUGGGAUGUUGCUACAUGCACUACUACUGCCUAACGACCCAGAACCUUUCGCACAUGUUCCUGCUGUGCGGCACUUACGGUGGCUCCUCGAUAAUCUGUUUUCUGUUCGUGGUCGGAGUGUUCUACGCCGAGAAGCCGGCGAUGAGACAUGAGGCUGCCUUCUCAGCCUUUUUGGGCACCAUGUUUCUGUUGACCUCUUUCGCCCAAAUGCACAUGGCAACAAAGGGUCAAUUUGCGUCGAAGCACUGGGCAGGAUUCUAUGAAUGCUGCCGGGAUAACUCUUUGAUUGCCUUCUAUGCCGCCGCCAUAUUCUUCAUACACUGUUCGUUUGCUCUGGAUCUGAUGUACAGUCACCGGCGCGGGCAUUUUCAUCCGUUGAGGAGCCAACGGCCACUCCGACUAUACUUUCUUAGUCCGGGCGUCGAGUCAUAUCUAAGCCGGUUUAAGUGGUUCAGACGGAUCUCUUCCCAGCUACUGGACAGCUCACACGGUUCGUUCUCUACAUUUCACCGAAGCUCAGAUGAAGAAUCUGAUUCAGAUGAGGAACUAAGAGAACGAGCUCCAAGCGUACGCCGUGGGACGGACAGAUUAUAUCAACGGGAACCGUCGCUUACUACUUAAUAAUUUAACAAAUUCUCCAUAUAUUUGUACUUUAAAUUUCAUAUUAUAAUGUUUCAUUUUUAAACGAAAUAACGUGA